AUGUACGCAGAUGUGCAGUCUCCUUUCAACGUGCUGAAGAUUCGUGACAAGAAACUGGAUUGUCCUGAGGAGCUCAAGGAAGCAGUAACGAGCUUGAUUUUUGCCGCUUCAAGAUGUGGAGGAUUGCCAGUGUUACAGAAGAUUUGUGCCUUGUUCACGGCCAUUGUGUUCCUUAAUAACUGCAGGAUUGCAGAGGAACUCUCAACCAGAAGACCGAGCUUGGAAUCUAAACUGAAGCUGCUAAGGGAAGUUGCCCCAACAAGUGAAAUUCCUGAAUCAUUCAAGGAAAAGGCGGAAGCAGGUGAGCAGCAGAGCAGGCGUGCACAUAAUAAGCCUUCAAUCAGAGAAUAUCCUGAACCCGAGAAAGUUGCCCGAACUGAUUCCAAGGAGCUAGAGUGGGACAAGAAACUCUUGGAAAGAAUGAAAGAAAAGAAGUACAAAGAUGCGGAAGCUGCAGCUCAAGCUGCCUAA